AUGGUUGGGUCACCAGUUUGCUCUUACCUUCCAAAGGGCUCAAAGGAGUUCUUCUUGUCUUUGAAUCAACUUGAGAUCCUAGAUUUGAGCUAUAACCGUUUUUCUGGAGAGUUACCACUUUCUCUACCAUCCAGCAGUAUCCAGACAGUUGAUUUGUCCAGCAAUCACUUCUUUGGUGCAAUUCCAUCUUCACUCUUCCAACAAGCAAGCAACUUGACUAGUUUCAAUGUCAGCAACAAUACUUUCACAGGUGGCAACCUUGCUCUUGGGCUAGGGAAGUGUUCUGAAUUGCAGGUUUUUCGUGCCAGUCACAAUAACCUCUCAGGAUUACUUCCAGAAGAUAUCUAUAAUGCUACUAAACUUGAAGAAAUUGCAUUGCCUUUCAAUUCACUACAUGGAGCCAUUAGUGAUAAAAUUGUCAACCUCACCAACCUUGCCAUCCUUGACCUCUCCUUUAAUCAUUUUGGGGGCGAGCUUCCUCUCAAUUUGGGGAAGCUCUCCAAGUUGAAAACUGCGUUUGGAAACAACACCUUGGAAGGAGAUAUCUCCAUGCUUGAUUUCUCAAGACUUAGUCAACUUACUAAACUUGACCUAAGGGUCAAUAACUUCACUGGUACAAUUCCAGUAAGCCUUUACUCAUGUAGGUCCUUAAAAGCCAUUCGGUUGUCCAAAAAUCAUCUAGAGGGACAAAUACAAGCUGAGAUUCUUUCAUUGAAAUCCUUGUCCUUCCUCUCACUUGGUGGCAACCGAUUCACCAACCUCACAUGGGCAGUGAAGAUAUUGAUGAGUUUUAAAAGUCUUCACACACUCAUGCUUGCUGGUUCCUAUGAAGGUGAGGGAAUGCCAUCUGAUGAUGACAUGGUUGGUUUUGACGGAUUCCAAAAUCUUCGGCGUUUUAGUUUGGCUGGUUCUGACCUCAAUGGUCAAAUACCUUUAUGGUUAUCAAAGCUCAAGAAUCUAGAGCUGUUGGAACUGGGUUUCAAUCAAAUCACAGGGCCAAUUCCAAGUUGGUUGGGGACUCUUCCUAGGCUGUUUUAUAUAAACUUGUCAAAUAAUCAAAUUUCAGCAACGAUAGUCUUAUCUAACAAUAACAUUAGUGGUGAUAUACCUACUAAGAUCGGCCAGUUACAACUUCUCCAAGAGUUGUAUCUUGACUCCAACAACUUCUCCGGCAUCAUUCCAGACCAAAUAUCUAACCUGAAAAAUUUGGAGGUUUUGAACCUCUCCAUGAAUCUCUUGUCAGGAAUAAUCCCAUCAUCAUUGGCGAGCCUUAAUUUCUUAAGAGAAUUUAAUACCUCGUACAAUAAUCUUGAAGGACCAAUACCAAUAGGCACCCAGCUCCAAAGCUUCAACGCUUCUGCCUUUGAGGGGAAUCCAAAACUUUGUGGUGUCCCACUUCCAAAUAAGUGCGAACCAAAUAAGUGCAUUGAUGUAAAUAACAAGAACAACAAAGACGAGGGCAAUGGGCAUCAUCAACUUCCAUGGUUUUAUAUUUUUGUUGUGUUGGGGUUCAUAGUAGGAUUUUGGGGAGUCUGUGGUUCUUUAGUUAUUAACAACACAUGGAGAUAUGCGUAUUUUCGAUUCAUAGACAAUGUACAAGAUAGGCUUUAUGUGAUGGUAACAGUGUGCAUCAACACGACGAAAAGAAGGCUUAGAGGCUAG